ACAUAUGUCAAGAUUGAUGUAAUCAACAUUGCAUGAGUGCAACAAAAAAUCAUGUUAGUUACCGAAUUAGUUAAAUUUGGGGAAACUAUUAAAGCCACACAACUCGAGUAGUUCUUCAAAAGGCCACGUAACAUAGUGUCUACCCAAGCUUUUAAAGAACAAUUAGUUAAAUUAUCCUCAACCCCUUCACCACCAUGCUUGGAAGUCUUUUGUUCCAUCUUAGAACAAAAAACAUAGCCUUUUAAUUUCAGGAUGUUUCAAGUCAAACAUGGACAAGAUAUGUUCAUGCUCUAAAUGUUAAGGUUGCCUUUCAAGAAACUACCAAAGCUUUGCUAUAAUCAACUCACUUUCCCGGGAGAUAUUAAAGUUCAUGAUGAAGCUCAAGGACUAUUUGAGAUCAGAUAUAUUGACUCUUAUAUUGAUAAAUCUUGCAUAUAUUAUGGAUGUAGCUGAUGACUCUCUGUUACCUGGAGUUUACAAUGAAGUUGGCAAGGACUUGCACAUUGAUCCUGCUGGACUUGGCUCACUCAGUCUCUAUGGAUCCUUAGUUAAAUGCUUUUGUUACCCUCUUGCUGCAUUCCUUGCUGCUCGUCAUAAUCGUGCCAACGUCAUUGCUCUUGGUGCCUUCCUUUGGUCCAUCGCUACUUUCUUUGUUGCCAUCUCCUCUACCUUCACUGAGAUAGCAAUUUCGAGAGGAUUGAAUGGAAUAGGACUUGCAAUUGUCAUACCAGCAAUCCUAUCUCUAGUUGCUGAUUCAACUGAUGAAAGUAAUCGGGGUACAGCCUUUGGGUGGUUAGUAGUUACAGCAAAUUUUGGCUCAAUCUUAGGUGGGAGUAUGUCUGUGCUGAUUGCUGAAACAUCAUUCAUGGGAAUUCCUGGCUGGAGAAUCUCCUUCCACAUGGUUGCUAUUAUAAGUGUUCUUGUUGGUAUUUUAGUCCGUCUCUUCGCCAAAGAUCCCCGCUUUCUUGACAGAGAUGUCAAUGCAAAUGAUCAACUUCCCCCAGUAUCAUUUCAAGAACAAGUGAGAGAGCUGCUAAAAGAAACAAUAGCAGUUAUCAAAGUACCCUCCUUCCAGAUAAUUGCUACACAAGGGGUUUUCGGGUCAUUCCUCGGGACAUCAAUGUCAUUUGCCACAUUGUGGUUGGAGCUCGUUGGCUUCUCCCACAAGACAACAGCACUCAUCUCGACUUUGUUUAGAGUUUCUCUGUCAUUCGGCGCAUUUUUGGGAGGAUUCAUGGGGGAUGUCUGUGCCAAGCACUUCCCUAAUUCUGGUAGGAUCAUGGUCUCUCAGAUAGGCACUGGUUCAGCUAUUCCCUUAGCUGCAAUUCUGCUGCUGCUAUUGCCUAAUGAUCCUUCCACAGCUUUGUUGCAUGGUUUAUUCCUGUUUAUAUUAGGAUUUUGCACAUCAUGGAGCGGUCCAGCAACUAACAGUCCAAUUUAUGCUGAAAUAGUUCCUGAGAGAGCCCGAACAAGCAUUUAUGCUUUGGAUCGUUCUUUUGAGUCCAUCUUAUCAUCAUUUUCUCCUCUGCUGGUUGGUAUUCUGACUCAACAAGUUUUUGGUUAUAAGCCAAUCCCUGAGGGAUCUUCAAGCUCAGGGGAAAUUGAAACGGAUAGACAAAAUGCUGACUCACUUGCCAAGGCAAUGUACACUGCAAUAGGAAUUCCAAUGGCCAUUUCUUGCUCCAUUUAUUCCUUCCUCUAUUGCACAUAUCCACAAGAUAGGGAUCAUGGUCGGUUGCAACAGAUUGAUGAUAGGGGCAGCUUUCCAUCCGAAGAACAACAGCCCUUAUUCGAGCACAGGUUUAUUUCAGCAAAUUAGCUGAAAUGCCUCCACAAAAUUUAGACUAUGUUUUAUACAUUAGAAUCUAACAAGCACAAACUCACUUCUUGCUCCGUUGUUUGUAUUAUUGCAGUAGUGGGGCAGGUAUACAUUUGGCUUGAAAUCUUAUCCAAUUAUACAUAGUUUUUAAGUCUUUUAAGUCUGUAAUUUGAAAUAUUUACACCUGUCUUUUUUUCAACUGAAAUAUAUAAAAUAGAAUGUUACA